AUGCUCGACGGUACCUCCAGCCUGCUCGCGCACCGGCUGCGAAACGCUGGUCUUCUGUUCCUCAGCCUUGCCUUUCUGCCUCUCGAUACACUCAUCCUCUUUAUAUCCUUUCUUUUCCGCACCAUCCUUCCGAACGAAGUAGAGCACCGCCGCAGAGAAGCGCGGCAGGACCAUGGCUUCCAUCCGCGCACAAUCUUGGUCACCGGGAUAGGGAUGACCAAGGGUCUCGUGUUGGCCCGACUAUUCUACGAAGCCGGCCACGACGUCGUGGGAGCAGACUUUGAACCCGACGGCGCGCUCGCGUGCGGGAGGGUCUCGAGGGCGCUGAGGAAGUUCUACCGUCUUCAGACGCCCGGCAUCUCCUCUGCAAGUUCGCCGGACAUGUAUAUCCAGAAUCUGCUGGACAUUGUGACCCGCGAAAAGGUCGACCUGUGGGUCAGUUGUUCCGGGGUCGCCUCGGCCGUCGAGGACGGGAUGGCCAAGGAAGUCGUGGAGAAGCGGACGAAGUGCAAGGCGAUCCAGUUCGACGUGCACACGACGCAGAUCUUGCACGAGAAGCAUUCCUUCAUCCAACACACGCGGGACAUUGGACUAAAUGUCCCCGAGACGCACGAAAUCACGAGCCGCGCCGAAGUGGAGCGGAUCUUGCGCGAGACACCGUCCGGAAGGAAGUAUAUCAUGAAGACCAUCGGCGUGGACGACAGCGUCCGCGCAGACAUGACGCUUCUUCCCAAGAGCUCCGGGGUCGAAACGUCCAAGCAUCUCGCGCGGCUCAAGAUUUCUGCGCAAUGCCCCUGGAUUCUGCAGCAGUAUAUCCGUGGUAAGGAGUACUGUACGCACUCGCUCGUCGUGAAUGGGGAGGUCAAAGCUUUCGUGGCGUGUCCGUCGGCCGAACUGCUCAUGCAUUACGAGGCAUUACCGGCUGAGUCUCCACUCAGUCAGGCGAUGCUGGACUUUACCAAGCGGUAUGCCGCUAAUGGCGGUCGGGGGUUCACAGGCCACCUCUCCUUUGACUUUAUGGUCGAGGAGGGGGACGAGAAGGCAGAGGACAUCACGCUCUAUCCUAUCGAAUGUAACCCACGCGCACACACGGCUGUCGCGUUGUUCAAUGGCACGACGGCAGUGGUUGAUGCCUACCUCUCUGCUCUGGACGGGGCCGAGAACAGAAAUGGUGCCAGCGAUGAUAACGGUAACGGUACCCCCGCCACGACACAAGACCCAACAACCCCCGUGAUCCAUCCCGCCCAUCACGACAAAUACUUCUGGAUAGGCCACGACCUGGUGACCCUUGUCAUCCUCCCCACGUCGUCACUCCUCUUUCCACUCCUCCCCUCUGGGCGCUCAUCCUCCUCGGCAUCUUCUACCUCUGUGCGGACAACUCUCCAAGACCACGCCGUCUUCAUCCGCCAUGUCGCUUCACCCACCUGGAAAGACGGUACAUUCCAGCCUUGGGACCCCUUACCCUGGUGGUGGCUGUACCAUUUCUAUUGGCCGCUUCGGUUCUGGGACUGUCUCGUGCGAGGGAGGAAGUGGAGCCGCGUGAACGUCAGCACGACCAAGAUGUUUGAGUGUUAG